AUGGCCUCAGGCUGCAGAAAUGAUGCAAAGGGGGUGUCGUUUGAUCUAACGGCAGCCAGUAUAUCAGACACUGCAAAAUAUGUCCCCGAUACUCCAAGGAAGCCAUUCAUAAACAUUGUAGCCCCCGACAGAUCAGGGCGCUCUCACAGGGGAAGGUCGGACGAUUCUGGCAUUUUUAUGGUAGUAAAUAUAGGUCAGAAUACGACGCCCGGAACCCACGGGGAAGAGCAGACCAUAGAAAUGGCUCGAUUUUCAGGAGCGGAUUCCACGGAGGAAACUGUUAUAUCAUUAGGGGAAACCAGCAGAUCCACGUCCAGUUCUGCCACAGCCAGCUCAGACAACAGAAUGUCGGUCAGGUACCUGAAGAAAAAAUUCGCUGAGGUUGAGAUCGAGGAGUUGUAUCAGCUGUACUGGCUCCGGUCUCAGCGUGCCUCCUUUAGGGCGCUUCUCGCGGUGCUUGUCCUCUACGCAGUGGUGCUAGUGUUGCUCUUCCAUUUCCACCACAAUGGUAGCCUCGGAUUACAAAACAGCACAAAUACCAUGGGUAGAAACCUGAACAUUGUUGUGAUCACAGGCGGAAUUCUAGCCAUCAUCCUUUUCAUUCUUGUCUCAAUAGAAAAAGUAUUUCUACUCUUUUCGAAGCCACUGACUCUUCUAGUAUGGUUUUCUUUGUUAUCCCUAGCUUUUGGAUUCAGUGGGAUACUUUACAGUCCCUCAAACCCGUCGUUCUCACCCCGCACUGCGAUGGACGACGUGCCAACUAUUCUAUACACCAUCUUCGAUCACUGA